CUUUUCAUCAGGGCAGCUCUGGGAGCUCAGGCUAGGUGGUGGCGGGGGCAGUCAGGCGCCCUGGCAGUUUUGUUUCUGUCCCACACUCCUCUCCAUCCGUGGAAGAGAAGGAUAAGCCGUGGGCCAUGAGGCUGGCCCUGCUCCUGGUUUUUGUCUCUGUCAUUCCGGGUGCUGUGCAGCUCUUGGACACAAGGCAAUUUUUAAUCUAUAAUGAAGACCACAAGCGCUGCGUGGAAGCGGUGGGCCCCAGUGCCGUCCAAACCGCAGUUUGCAACCAGGAUUCUGAAUCCCAGAAAUUCCGAUGGGUGUCUGAGUCCCAGAUUAUGAGUGUUGCCUUUAAACUAUGCCUGGGAGUGCCAUCGAAAACCGACUGGGUUCCUGUCAGUCUGUAUGCCUGUGACUUGAGAAGUGAAUUUCAGAAAUGGGAGUGCAAAAAUGACACACUUUUUGGGAUCAAGGGAGAAGAUUUAUUUUUUAACUAUGGCAAUAAACAAGAAAAGAAUGUUAUGCUCUAUAAGGGAUCUGGCUUAUGGAGCAGGUGGAGGAUCUACGGAACCACAGAUGACUUAUGCUCUAGAGGUUAUGAAGCCAUGUACACGCUACUGGGCAACGCAAAUGGAGCAACCUGUGCAAUCCCAUUCAAGUUUGAAAACAAGUGGUACGCAGAUUGCACAAGUGCCGGGCGCUCAGACGGAUGGCUCUGGUGUGGAACCACGACGGACUACGAUGCAGAUAAGCUGUUUGGAUUUUGUCCCCUGAAAUUCGAGGGCAGCGAAAGCCUGUGGAAUAAGGAUCCACUGACUAGCAUUUCCUACCAGAUAAACUCCAAAUCCGCUCUGACUUGGCACCAGGCGAGGAAGAGCUGCCAACAGCAGAAUGCUGAACUCUUGAGCAUCACAGAGAUACAUGAACAAACGUACCUGACAGGAUUAACCAGUUCUUUGACUUCAGGACUCUGGACUGGACUUAACAGCCUGAGUUUCAACAGCGGUUGGCAGUGGAGUGGCGGCAGUCCAUUCCGGUAUUUGAACUGGCUACCAGGAAGUCCAUCAGCUGAACCUGGAAAAAGCUGUGUGUCACUAAAUCCUGGAAAAAAUGCAAAAUGGGAGAAUCUGGAAUGUGUUCAGAAACUAGGCUAUAUUUGUAAGAAGGGAAACACUACUUUGAAUUCUUUUGUUAUUCCCUCAGGUAAUUUGCCAAAGAAUCAGCGGAAAACAGGAUCAAGAUUGGACUCAGGAAUUGCAAAAGCUAUAGGUGGAGAACAGUUUAGUGAGAAGAACAUGUCAUCCUUUCCUGGUGCCCUCCUGACUUUCGGAAAGCAACCUUUGUAUAUACUACUCUUGUAUUUUGUUUCCUGUUUAGAGCCAAACGAUGAGUUGUGGAUUGGCUUAAAUGACAUCAAGAUCCAAAUGUACUUUGAGUGGAGUGACGGCACCCCUGUGACAUUCACCAAAUGGCUUCGUGGGGAACCAAGCCACGAGAACAACCGGCAGGAGGACUGUGUGGUGAUGAAAGGCAAGGAUGGGUACUGGGCGGAUCGGGCCUGUGAACAGUCCCUUGGCUACAUCUGCAAGAUGAAAUCACAAACUCAAGCUCCAGGAAUAGUGGAAGUCGAAACAGGCUGCCGGAAAGGCUGGAAAAGAUAUGGGUUUUACUGCUACUUGAUUGGACACACACUGUCAACAUUUACAGAAGCAAAUGAAACCUGUAAAAGCGAGAAGGCUUACUUAACGACUGUUGAAGACAGCCGGCAUUCCUCACAACUGUGGCGAAAGGCAGGGUGCGUUGCCAUGAAAACCGGGAUUGCAGGGGGCUUAUGGGAUGUUUUGAAAUGUGACGAAAAGGCAAAGUUUGUGUGCAAGCACUGGGCAGAAGGAGUGACUCGCCCACCAGAGCCCACCACAACUCCCGAACCCAAAUGCCCGGAGGACUGGGGCACCAGCAGCAAGACAAGCUUGUGUUUCAAGCUGUUUGCAAAAGGAAAACAUGAGAAGAAAACAUGGUUUGAAUCCCGAGAUUUCUGUAGAGCUCUGGGGGGAGACCUGGCCAGUAUCAACAAUAAAGAGGAACAGCAAACAAUAUGGCGGUUGAUAACCCGGCAUUCCUCACAACUGUGUAAGGAACCUAAUAAUUAUCAGAAUGUUGAAUACUGUGGUGAGCUGAAAGGUGACCCUGGUAUGUCCUGGAAUGAUAUUAACUGUGAACACCUUAACAACUGGAUUUGCCAGAUACGAAAAGGAGAAACACCAAAACCUGAGCCAACACCAGCUCCGCAAGACAAUCCACCAGUCACCGAAGAUGGGUGGGUUAUUUACAAAGACUACCAGUAUUAUUUUAGCAAAGAGAAGGAAACCAUGGACAAUGCCCGAGCAUUUUGCAAGAGGAAUUUUGGAGAUCUUGUUUCUAUUCGAAGUGAAAGUGAAAAGAAGUUUCUAUGGAAAUAUGUAAGAACAUGUUGGAUGGACGGAAGCAAGGUGGAUUAUGUGUCUUGGGCCACAGGGGAACCCAAUUUUGCAAAUGAGGAUGAAAACUGUGUAACCAUGUAUUCAAAUUCAGCAUUUCUUACCUAUCACAUGAAAGACUCCACUUUUAAUACCUGGAUCGGGUUGAAUGACGUCAAUUCAGAACACACGUUCCUUUGGACGGAUGGGCGAGGAGUUCAUUAUACCAAUUGGGGGAAAGGUUACCCUGGUGGAAGAAGAAGCAGUCUUUCUUACGAAGAUGCUGACUGUGUUGUUAUCAUCGGAGGCAAAUCAAACGAAGCAGGAAAGUGGAUGGAUGAUACCUGUGACAGUAAGCGUGGCUACAUAUGCCAUACGCUUUCUGAUCCGUCCUUGUCUAAUUCUCCAGCCACAGUUCCAACAGAUGGCUUUAUUAAAUAUGGUAAAAGCAGCUAUUCUCUCAUGAAGUAUAAAUUUCAGUGGCAUGAAGCAGAGAGCUAUUGCAAGCUUCACACUUCCCUUAUUGCCAGCAUCCUGGAUCCCUAUAGCAAUGCAUUUGUGUGGAUGCAAAUGCAGACAUUUAAGGAACGUGUGUGGAUUGCCCUGAACAGUAACUUGUGUCAGGAUUACAACUAUGCCAUGGGAAUGAAGGAAGCAGCUCAGGGACAUAAAAUCCCUGCCACUGAGCCCCCACAACUGCCCGGCAGGUGCCCAGAGUCAGCGCACACAGCGUGGAUUCCUUUCCACGGUCAUUGCUACUAUAUCGAGUCCUCGUAUACAAGGAACUGGGGCCAAGCUUCUCUGGAAUGUCUUCGAAUGGGUUCUUCUCUGGUUUCCAUCGAAAGUGCUGCUGAGUCUAGUUUUCUGUCAUAUCAGGUUGAGCCACUGAAAAGUAAAACCAAUUUUUGGAUAGGAUUGUACAGAAAUAUUGAAGGGAUGUGGCUCUGGGUAAACAACAAUCCAGUCUCCUUUGUCAACUGGAACACAGGAGAUCCUUCUGGUGAACGAAGUGAUUGUGUGGUUUUGUAUGCGUCUUCUGGGUUUUGGAACAAUAUUCACUGUUCUUCCUACAAAGGAUAUAUUUGUAAAAGACCAAAAAUUGUUGAUGCCGAGCCUACUCAUACAUUAAUUACAACAAAAGCUGACUCAAGGAAGAUGGAUCCUGCCAAACCCUCUUCCAACGUGGCAGGAGCAGUUGUUGUCGUGGUCCUCCUUAUUUUAAUGGGUGCUGGCCUCGCCGCCUAUUUCUUCUACAAGAGAAGACGUGUGCCCCUACCUCAAGAGGGUGCCUUUGAAAACACUCUCUAUUUUAACAGUCAAUCAAGUUCGGGAACGAGUGAUACGAAAGAUCUCAUGGGCAACAUUGAACAGAAUGAACACGCAGUUCUCUAGUGUCACCGUGUGAUCUUGAUCGAUUUGGAUUUCAUAAAAUUGUAACUAAAAUUUUAAGUUCUUUAAUUCAAUGUGAUUGUUUCCUUUAAAAUUCGUACUGUAUUGUACUGGUCUGUCCUUUUCUUUUGCCUAAUUGAAGAAAUAAUUGUUCAUUUUCUAGCUGGCAAGAUAUUUUCACAAAAGAGGGAUAAUAAUGUUGAUUACCACUUUUAAUAAAAUCAUAGUGAAAUACACAGCAUUACAGUGCCAACAUUUAGGUAUCACCGAUACGUAGCUAGUGUCAAUUUCAUGCAGUAAUCACAAGAGCUCUAGAAACAACCAAUGAAGCCUCUUGAACUAUUUUAAGGAACUCCCAAAGAUAUGUUACCUAUUAAGCUGUAUUUCGACAAUUAGAAGACC